AUGGCAAUGGUUGAUGAACUUGUUGACAAUGCUGGUGAAAUAAUUGACCAUCCAAAUGUUGUAUUUCCUUUGGCAAGUGAGGUCAAAGCUCCUGGAAGACCUAAGCACGUCAAAAGGAAAACUGCUCUCCCAAAGGACUUUGUCCGUCACAAGCACAGACAUCUCCUUGUGCAAAAGAACAAAAAUGAUAUCAGAAGUAUUUUGAAAGAAGGACUUAAAGAAGUGAUGAAGGAGUUCUUAGAGGAAGAGCCUCUCAAAAAAAUCAUAAAAGAAAUAAAAAAAGAAACCCAAUUCGCUGAAAAACAAGAGCCUCUCGAAGAAGCUAAAACAACCAAUUUCGCUAAAAAGCAAGAGCCUCUCGAAGAAGCCACCAUUUUGUUGACGUUUAACCCCAAGUCCAAUGGUUGGUGCGGUUUCCGUGUAUUUUCACACCUGAAAGAGGGUGGAGAGGAUCAGUUUCCUUUGGUGAAGAAGAUGUUGGCCACGAUGGCAACCCACGGUAAACUUUACGAGCACAACUUUGGCAUGGAUGUUGCUGAAGUGACAGAGGUCAUUGCCUUUGGCUCCGAGAUUGACCCUGCUCUUGGGGAAAAUAUCCCAUCUUGCCCUUCCUCUAUGUGGUUCUCUGCACCAGACUGUGCUCAGAUAAUAGCUGACACCUAUAACGAGCCUGUUUGUGUGUACUCGGACGAUCGGAGCGUCUUGCCUGUAACUUUCCUUCCCCUCCAUGAUCGGAAGCCUCUCAAAAGAAAGCCAUUGCCGAUGGUCUUGCACCAUGUACAUGGGUGCCACUGGACAACAAUUAAAGUGAAGCCUCAUGUACAUCGGUCCUGGCCUAAGGUAAAUGCGCUGUAUUUUGAUGCUAUCCGUAGAGGGAGUAUCAUUGACUGCUUUUCCACAAGUUGGAAUCAUUGGGGUCAGUUCCCAAAGAACAAGUCUUAUCUUUUACCCUCCACUACUACAACUACUACAAUUACUACUACUGCCACUAAAUCUCCUACAAAUUCUCCCGUAAAUUCUUCCGAUAUUAUUGACCUCACACAUAUAUAA